AUGAUGAAUGAUGUUGGAAAAAAUGGUACUUCGGAAGGCUAUUUUAUUCUACUGGGUUUUUCAAAAUGGCCUCACCUGGAACUAGUUCUCUUUGUGAUUAUCUUGAUCUUCUACUUAAUGACACUAACAGGCAACUUGUUCAUUAUCAUCCUAUCCUGUCUGGACACCCAUCUCCACACUCCCAUGUACUUCUUCCUCUCAAACCUCUCUGUUCUGGAUCUCUGCUACACCACCAGCUCCAUCCCCCAGUUGUUAUUCAAUCUCCAGGGCCCAGACAAGACCAUUUCUUAUGCUGGCUGCAUGAUUCAGCUCUACUUUGUCCUCGCUCUGGGAAGCACAGAGUGCGUGCUGUUGGUGGUGAUGUCCUAUGAUCGCUAUGCAGCUGUGUGCAAACCCUUGCAUUACGCUGUCCUCAUGCACCCUCGCUUCUGCCACUUGCUGGCUGUGGGCUCCUGGGUAAGUGGCUUUGCUGCGUCAGCACUGCAUUCUUCCUUUACCUUCUGGGUUCCAUUGUGUGGACAUCACCAAGUGGAUAAUUUCUUCUGUGAAGUCCCAGCAUUGCUACAAUUAUCAUGUAUCGAUACCCAUGCGAAUGAGCUGACUCUCAUGGUCAUGAGCUCGGUUUUUGUUGUCAUACCUCUCGUCCUCAUUCUAACAUCCUAUGGUGCCAUUGCCCGGGCUGUACUGAGGAUGCCAAGCACUGGACUUCAGAAAGUUUUUGGGACCUGUGGAGCCCAUCUCAUGGUGGUGUCCCUCUUUUUUAUUCCAGUCAUGUGCAUAUAUCUUCAGCCUCCAACCGAAAACUCCCAAGACAAAGGCAAGUUCAUUGCCCUGUUUUACACUGUUGUCACACCUAGCCUCAACCCUCUCAUCUACACCCUCAGAAACAAAGAUGUGAGAGGGGCCAUCAGAAGGUUAAUAGGGUCUAAGCGUGAGAUAUGA